UACGAGUUACUCAGCGACUUCCCCGUCGGCGUCUUUGUGUUCAACUGUUUUUCCAGCCUUUUGUGGCUGAAACUGGCAGAAUUGGUUUUUGCCGAACCGGCUGCUUUAUUAAUCCCCCUUUCAUCUGUUUUGGCACCUCAGCGUGAUGGCCAAAACAAUACGAGGAAUGAUUUUGGCUACCGUUAGCUUUAGCUGAAGACUGGUAUUACGUAUAUUAUCUUAUUCUAGCCGUUAAGCACACGGAAUUAAAGUUCCACACAAGUCUGAGUUCCACUUUUUAUUUCGUCAAGUGUCGCCUACGCCAUUGCUCUAAAGCACAGUCUGCAGGCGGGGUUUGGAGCCAUUGUCUGCUGUCAUCUACACUACUGAUAGUUGACCAUGAGUUCUCUGCAAUCUUAAAGUCAGUAAUGGCCUCCAGAAAAGUUGAUGGUGUCCAUGGCCAGACCAGGAAAUGUGACUCCAUGUCUGGGCUUCCUCGGAGUGGCAGCAUCUCAGAAGGGCUCCAGACUGAGAAUUCUUUAGUUAAAUCUCAGAAGUCUGGAAAGUUGCGAACAGCUCUGACGUUUUUCGGGGUGCGCAAAAGCAUCUGCCUAUUACCAAGUUUUUUUGGAGGACGGAAUAAAAGUCAGAACAAGAAUGGAGUUUGCAAAAGCAGAACUCAUGAUGGGCUUAGUAAGUCUAGUCAUGAAGACAGUGGAAAGAGUGGGUACACCACUGCUGUGGACUUUGAGUAUCACAACCAUCAGGACCCUGCUGGAAACUGCCACUGCGGCUACGAUUAUAGUCCACCUGCUGCUGACCACAAGUCCUUUUCGAUCCCGCGGCAGAGGAAAGGCUUGAAGAGUCUAUUUCAGAGUUUUAAGCAACACCGAAUGAACAAAAAUGUUGAUAAAACUGAAAUGGUGGUGAUGUCCAUGCCCCACUGCCAGCCAGAGGAGCGUGUAGUUCAGAACAACAGUGAGCAGUUUGUGUCCGAGUGCCUAGGAUCUGAACCUGAUGUGCCUGACUUCUUUGACGAUUGUGAUAUUUCUCCUGAUCCCGAAUGUAUUUGUGAUAAUAUUGCAACAUCAGAGCGAAGUGUGGAAUCUGAAAAGCUGUCUUCAGCACAUGGCGAGCAUCUCUCUGACAAUCAAGUGGAGGAAUAUAAGUUGACCACCAGUGAUUUAGUUGCGUAUAAGGAGAGUUUGAGAGGACACAGUGAACCUUGCCUGAAGCUGGAGUCAGUGCCAGACACUGUACCGAAGUUAGCCACUCCUGCCAGUUCAUCAGAUCAACUUAACCUGAUUUUCGGAGAAGUUGCAUCUCUAAAAAGCUUUGAUUCCCUCACCGGCUGUGGUGACAUCAUUGCUGAUCAGGAAGAAGACAGUAUUACAGAAAGCAGUGUGUCUGGAGAAAGGAGUAGAAAUGGAGGUAAGAGGGCCUCCUGUUAUCUGACAUACCAAGGUGGUGGUGAGGAAAUGGCCUCCCCCGAGGAUCUGGAUGAGUCUUGUCUUCAGGAUUUCUGGGGAAAUGAACCAAGUGAUGAGAUCUGCCAGGACAAGUCUGAGUUGACAUGUACUCACAAUACUGAGCCAGUGAGCUGUGUUAGCGCUCAGCAAGCCACCGGGGUCGAUACCUCCACCAUGGAUGCUUUAACACCUCAGAGUGAACAUCAAGAAUCAGUUCCGAACAGUGAUGAGGGAUAUUAUGAUUCAACCACUCCGGGACCAGAGGAAGGCCAGGAUAAACUCGACAGACUUCAGAAAGAGAGACUACCUAGAGACAGCUACAGUGGCGAUGCUCUCUAUGAACUCUUUGCUCCGGAUGAAAGUCUUAUCAGUCCACAUUUUGAAAAGCAACCUGGUUUCAAACCCUCCGAGUUUUCUCGGCAGUCUGCUGAGAUGGAUGAUUCUGUCUUUGUUCCUGAGAUGGAAAGGGAACAACUCUGUACUGGAAUGUAUGAAGCUCUUGAGACAUCAAGUAAGUCUUCGGAGUUAAGUAAAGAUAGAGUUGGAGUACGUGAAGGUGUCAACAAAGGUUUGAGUUCUACAACAGGGAAUGUUAAGCAGAAUGUAUUUGAUGCUUCAGCUGUUGCCGACUGCGAAAAAAGGCUUAGCAACAUCUCUUUCAGAAGUACGUCGGACACAGAGGUUGACAUAUUUCGUGAAGCCAAAGAGCAACAUCUUGUGGAGAACAAACCUCUGGCAUCACCAUACCAAAGCGUUAGUGAUGACAAUGAAGGACAAGCAGUGAGCUUCUCCCAAGCACUUGUCGAUUACACAAAAAACUCUCGUAUGAUGAGUGACUUGCACAUGGGUGGAUUUCAGGCAGCAUCUGCCUUCUCCGCUAAUAUGGAGGCCUUGCCAAGCAUUGUUACUUUUGAUGUGGUGGAUAUGCACAACGAGGGGGAAUACGAUGAACAAGUUGAGCUUGGAGAGGACAUCGCGUCACCCUUCCAGCUGGAGGAAAGCUACCUGCAGAAAGAUGUGUUUGCUCAAUGUGAUUAUCAGAUAAUGGACCUAUAUGAACAGAGUCUUACCGGUAACCCAUGGUCUGUUGCAGCUGGGGCAGGGCACUUUGCCAAACUGAAUCACUCCAGUUCACUUAGUCAAAACUGCAGAAGUAGUCCCAUUGAAGCGGAGAUGAUGGGUGUCUUUAGAGACAACAGACCUGCCAUUUCUCAAGCUCAAAGUAAAAUGGAAUCUGUAAGUGACUGUUCCUCACAUUACAAGAAGAAUUUAUCUACAUCUGAGUUGUCCUUAUCUUGGGAGAAGAGGACUGAAGGGGCACCAAACCUUGUUGUGGAUGGGGAAGUAAUUGAAAAUUCUCAGAGCUUCACACCAACAAUUCAAAAAAUAUUUCCACCCCCUUAAUACCUGAGCUUGAUCUCAUGGUGAAGAGCUGCCAGAUUUUUUUUAAGAUCAUGUUUAUGUGCCAAUCAAGGGGUCUGCUUUCCCAGUCAUGAUGAUUUUCCUCAUUUCUGUUUACUAGAACAGAUGUUGCUGUACACUACUGUGACAGAGGCUUCUGGGACGACAUUCAUGAAAGAAAUAUUGCACAUGUUUCUUUUGCAGUUGGGCCUCGUGAGUGCAUCCCAUGAUAUUUGGGAAGAGUUUCUCGCUAGUCCUGUUUAGAUAUGUAGCCUCACUUCGUAAAUUUUUUGGAAUGUCAUUAUAAGCUUACCUAUAAGUUUCUUUCUAAUCAUACUAAAUGCGUGAAUUGUUUUGUGUGUGCGCUGACACCAACACUGAGUGUGAUUGUCUUCAUAGUUACUUGGCUUACUCUUGGUUCAUGUUAUUUAUGGUUGAAGGUGUGUGACCUUGUUGAAUUCAAUCCAUGUUUUUUAUGAUUCAUUUUCCUUUUUAGAUUGUAUUUGUGUUUUGGGAAAGAAAAGCAUUUUAAACUGUUUGACCUUAAAUCUUAAAUAGGUCACACAUUUGUGGCUCGUAUUUACAGUAAAUCAGUUGGGAAUUGCAGGGUCACUAAAACUAGCUGACCCAAUAUCAACAAACAUUUAGACUCCUCUUUGAUACAGUCAGAGGACCUCUAACCAAGUUAUGUUUAGACUGUGUAUAUUUUGUGGUAAAAGAUAAUUGUCAAAUGCUGUUUCUUUUCUUUUUUUUUUGCAUAUCAAAAUCAAACGGAAAAGAAUGUGUAGUUUUACACUAAAGCUAAAUAGACUGAAAUAGUUGCAAUAUAUUUUGUUAGUAUUGUUUUCUGACGUUUAUAUUCUGUUGGUUGCUGUUGAAACGUGUGCUGAUAAUUUGUCCUUGUAAAACACUGCCUUACUCUGAAAUAAACAAGUCAAAACACUAUUACUUUUCA